CACGCACGGAAAAGUUAAAAUUCAUUUGAAUGUUACUGAUGAAAUAAUUAGUAAAUGAAGAAAAGGACAUUUAAUUUUGUGUAUAAUUUCAUUUGCACUUAUGUCCUGCGUACACGCAGUGACGCAAGUAGGAAAAAAGCCCGUGAGAUGAGAUGACUGAGAUCCCCUACGGGACUAGGGCUAUACCACAAUCUCGUACACAGAGUUCUGGGUACGAGAUUACAACCCAAAAUGUUCGGUAUCAAAGCAUCAGGGACGUUUACUGGAUUUUUGUGGUGAAGUUAAGUUGUGCCCGUCACGCGUCAAAGGCCAUGUGGCAUGAUAAUUGCAUAAUACAAAUGCAAGUUGAGCCUUCGUUAUUAUUCAUUGUUUACUUCGUGCUCUAAAGACACCCACAGCUUCGUGCAAAGGCUAGAAAUAUGCCUGCGUUAUAUCGAGAUCCACUCGUUGAUAAUGUCGGAGUUUGGGGAAUACCGACCUCUACUUUGGACUGGUGUGAAGAAAACUAUGCUGUUACAAGAUAUGUUGCUGAAUUCUGUAAGUAAAUCAUUCCGUUUAUAAGUUCGUUAAUGUGUUUACAUUUUAGUACUACAGCACACGCGUCGUUUGGAAUCGUUCUCUAAGUUACUGUUGUAUGUUUUGAGUAUUAAUUUCAGUCAGUCGUGUAUAUAUAUUAUAGCUCAAGCUCAGAAAGGCAUAUAAAUUAUGUGCAGUCUUUGACCGAUAUGUAAUAUAACACCGUUUCAAUCAUUAACGAAUUGGCUUAAUGUUCGCAACGUGUGAUCCUAAUUCCUAAAUGUCUCAAUUAUCCAUGUUGAGCCUUCUAUUGUUCGAAUUUUCACGAUCGUUCACAUAAAUUUCUAAUUAUGAAAGAUAUAAAUUUGAAAUAUUUUGCUGAACUUGUGUAAUCUUAUACGCAGAAUACGCUAUACCUGUACUUCUGUUUUUGGCGAUAAAAACAAUUAUUUUUAUUAAAACCACCUUGUUCUUGGCCGUUCUUGAGGUUUAUAAAAUACACAGAAUUUAUAAAUUACAAUCUUGGAAUACUGUAUUACUCUUGCUGUACGUAAUUCUCGUAGUGUAUCCGUUUACCUUCUCGCUCGUAUUUCGUGACAGUCAUUGCAAAAUCAUUUGCAUAUUAAUUUUUGUUCAAGUGGCUUUUGAAAUAUUUUCCUGUUAAAUUAAGACACCUGUUGUGAAUUAUUAUAAUUGUCUCAAAUUAAAAAGCUAUUUAUACUUAAAAAAUGUUAAGUAUGAAAUCAUCAUCAUGCAAACUGAAAGAUGAAAGACUAUAUAAACAAAAGGUAAUUUCCAUUGUACAUAUUUUUUUAUUUUGUACCAUGCAAUUGAACUGGCAUUUAGUUAAAUAUUAACUAAAUAUCAGUUAAAUGUUGAUCAAGUUGAGUGUUUCUGACAUCCAAUUUUAAAUUAAUUACCCUAUAUUGACUAUAUUGUUUCUCAUCGAAGAACAAUCAUCAUCAAGAGGAUGAAUUCCAAUAUACAACGGAAGUGGACACACUGGCUGAAAUAAUAACCAUCAUGCAUCAGCAUUAGAAAUUCAGCAAACUUUACUUUGUACAGACAGAUAUAAAAAGUCGUAUAACUUUUUUUGAAAAAUCUUAAGUUUAGAGCUUGUGAUUCAACUCUGUAAAUUUUAAAGUAAUGUAUUUAUACAAUCAUUGCAACAUCUUUUUUUAUAUCCAUAAUUAAAAUAAAUUGUAUGAUUUAAUUCAAUGCAUACAAUAGGUUCUCUUUGAUAGUACAUUCAGGGCCAUAACUUCGGUAUUAUGGGGGGGGGGGGGCGUGAGCUUGCUUUUCCCAACCAAGAGGGUGUGGCCGAACAUACCAUUUUUCACUAACUUUUGAACUAAUGUACCAUAAUUUGUAUAAUUUUUCAGUUAUAUUUUUGUAAAUUUAUCCAAAUAUUUCCUACAACUAAUACUUUUCAAUAAAUUAUGUUAAAUUUUUUGCUGAAUUACAUAUUUUUUCCAGACUAGCAUGUCGUUGAAAUUGUUAAAAUUGUAUUGUCCAAGAAAACUGCAAUAUUACAACAUUGGGGGGGGGGAGGGGUUGCACCCCCACCCCCCAGUAGUUAUGACCCUCAGUACAUAUACUUGUGUAUAAAAUUAUUCUGGUCUGACCACUGCAUCAGGUUUCAGAUAUAUUGGUAUAUGACCAUUUUACUUUUGGUAUACAAUAUUUUUUUGUUAAAAUAGUUGAAAUAUGCAUGCAUGUGUAUGGUAUGUGUAAAGUAUCCGGUAUAUUGGUAUAUCAAUUAGCCAGUGUUAUCGAGCAUUCUGGUAAUCCUGGGCUAGGCCUGAUUAUUAUCUUUUUUUUACGUAAAUAACAUAAUAAAUCUUAUUUGACAGCAAAUAUCAUCAUGAUUAUUAGAUUACACUGAUAUCGAAGGAACUAGACUCCGUUCUGAAAUAUCGCAUACUCGAACCGACCUGACUGCGUAGUUCAGUUGGCAGAGCAUUGGGCUAGUAUUCCAAAGGUCGUAGGUUCGAAUCCCACCGUGGCCAGGCAUAUUUUUCAAGCCUGCCCGGUGUGGAUUUACACUCAGAGUAACAUCACACAAGCAUCUUAUUCACCUGAGUACAUUACACCAACACUGACAGCAAAUAUCAUGAUUAUUAGAUUACACUGAUAUCGAAGGAACUAGACUCAGUUCCGAAAUAUCGCAUACUCGAACCGACCUGACCGCGUGGCUCAGUUGGCAGAGCAUUGGGCUAGUAUUCCAAAGGUCGUAGGUUCGAUUCCCACAAUCCCACCGUGGCCAGGCAUAUUUUUCAAGCCUGCCCUGUGUGGAUAUACACUCAGAGUAACAUCAGUACAUCACACAAGCAAUAAUAAAAGUAAUCAGUUUAUAAUAAGGGAUGCCUGAAUCACCUGCAGUGUUUUUCAUCAGGUUCCUUAACAAAUUUCAUGUUUUGAUACAAUUAUGCGUUUGUGACAAAAAGCACAAGUCAGGACGUAUAUGUUGCUCAUAAUUGUUAAAAAUUGUCCUCAAUAUGCUGCUCUUUAUAUACUAUAGGUAUAUUUUCUUACUGGUAUAUUUCAAAUUCACAAAACCAAAUAUAAUUGUGAAAUUGAAUAUUUCUGAGUAUCAGAAUAUUUUCAUCCAGCAAUACAUAAGCAGCUUAAACCGGCUAAACGUUUUUCUUAAAUGGAUGUGUGAUUUUAAUAGUGUAAGCAUGGCUGAUCAAGUAUUUUGCGUUUUAUGUUAAUAAUUAUGUCAGUUAAUUAGCUUUUCUCACGCCACCAUUUUUGGGUAGCAUUUGAGCCGACGUCUGCGAGAUAAGUCCACAUAACGGCGACUUUUUAUAAUUUUUUUGACGAAUGAUGGUAAAUUUGCUUUGUAAAUGGUUAGUUUAUUUUGAAAAAUUGCUUUUCACAUUGUUUUAAUUGUCUGCAUUGGUUAACGAGAAUUGGAUGCCACCCAAAAAUGGCGUAUAUUCCUCAUCGUGGGAAAGGAUAAUUGACUGUCUGUCACAUAUUGUCUAAUAAUGAAUAUGUUUUAUUAAUAUACAAAAACUAUAUAUGUUAACUCCUCAAUUGGAUAUAUAAUCAUUAUUUAUUAGGGAACACAAUUACCAACUACUUUAUGGUAGUUCCUCCAUUGCUCGCUGCCCUGAGAUGUCAUCAACUGGGUCUUGAUACAAGAUUUCUUUUAUCCUUCCUCUCCUUUAUGGGUAAGAAGAUCUACACUGAAAACAUAUAGCCAGGUUUUUAAACACAUAAUAAUAGAGAAGACCCUCUAGUUGUGUGAGUGAUUAUAAUUAAAAUGGGCGUGGUCAUCGAGAGCUAUAUAUCUUGGAAUUUCAAUUAAUACAGUUUGGUACAUUAAUGAUCAUAGUGAAUCAUCAUGUGUUGUUGUCCCUUGCAGGUAUAGGUGUUGGUUCGACCCUUUUUCAUGCCACAUUACAGUAUAAAAUGCAGGUAUAGUAACUGUGUUGACUGCAACCAGCUUAUACCGCCGCGGGUCAAUAUAAUAAUCCGCUAUCUUUGGAAUACUGUCUUUUCACGUCGGAGACAAUAGACAAUCUAAGCAAUGUCUACAGUGUCUACAGUGCACUGACAGACAAGGGACAGGCAAUUCCCCAAAGACUAGGGACAGGCAAUUCCCCAAAGGCAAAGGGCGGAUAAACCGAGAAGGGCUGAUCAGCUCGUAUUAACUGUGGCACUCGUUAAGAUAAACUCGAAUAUUUUCUUGCAGUUGCUGGAUGAACUUCCAAUGAUUUACUGUACAUAUAUCAUGCUUUAUUGCGUGUAAGUAUUCAACUCUGGUCUCUGGGGAAGCCUCGCAUAUCGAUUUUGUCCACGACAAACGUCAUAUGCAAGCCCGUAACCAGGAUUCUGAGACAACCGAGUUGAGCACCAAAGGUGCGAGCCGUGUAGACGGGUCUAGGCCUAGCGGCAUGCCCCUCCAGAAAAUGUUGGAUUUCUUGAAGCUCAGAUAAGCUAUUUCCAGCAAUUUCCAGCAUUUUGAGGAGUGUUCCAACACGAAAUUAAUCUUCUAAACAGUGACACAAUUACUGAAAUGAAAAUGUGUGUGGUAUAGUAUUAUCAUUCACCACACUUCAAAUUCUACAGUACUGUAUUGUCACUGAAGAGCAAGAUUUCAGUCCCCAAAUUCCUACCGAGUCAAGUCAACUACUCAUAGCUAGUUACGGACCUGCAUAUGGACGUUGGGGGGGGGGGGGUUACAGCUGUGACGUUUUUCUGUAAAACCCCAUGGGAAAAUUCGAUAGUUUUUUCGAAAGCCUUAUAAACAUUUCGGAAUCACAUUUGCAGAAUAUAAAAAAUAAAACAACUUGAUACAAACACCAGUCAAUAUACAUUCGUAAUACCAUACCGUGAUUCCAUAAUUCGUAAUAGUAGAAAAUUACCUGAUCUGUACUAGAUGAGAUAUAAGAUCAAGAUGAACAAAAUAUCGAUAACUAUGUGCGACGUUUCUAAGGGGGAGGGGUAUCCAGAGAAACGUCCAUACGUUUCUCGUGGACAAAAUCGAUAUGUAAGGCUUCCCCUGGUCAUAAAUGAAAUAUUUAAUUUAUUACUCAAUAUUCAUUAAAUACCCUACAUUGCUAUAAAGACCUUGACGGUCAGUUUUAUUACAAUGAAUAAUAAUAUACUAAAACGAGUUCUAUAAUUACAAUUCAACGUUUCGUGAUAUCGAUGAAUAAUUUUUUAAUAUCUAGGCUGGCUUGUGACAAUGAACCACGUAAAAAGAACGUCGGUUUAAAACUAUUUCUCACCGUCUGUAAUAUUCUUGUGACUGUGGUAAGUUUCCUGAUCUCUGGGAGACAUACUGGGUGCAAAUACAAAUUGUUUUAAUAGGUACUCAAGAUAUCCUUGCUCAACUGGUCAAAAUACAAGUAUAACCAUUUCGGGGCUGAAAGCGCAAUAUGGAAUAUUGAAUAAUGCGUUUUAAUAUACUGUACUGAGUUCAAAAAUUACUUUUUCUCUUUUGAAACUGAGGGUGAUUGCAUUUAAAAAAGAUCGAAAAUAAAAUGAAUCACCGUACACAAAAAGUUUCUUAAUGAGAAUUUAGUUGCUUUAGGUUAAUAUUAUUUAGAUUAAAGUUGCGUCAGAACUGUACUACUCAGUGGUGCUAUAUAGCGGUGUAUUUUAUGAAUCGUAUCAAAAAAUAGAACAAACUCCGAAAUAUGCAUCUUUUAAGAUGCAUUUCUUAAAAAAAAUCCAAGAUGUGUAUUGAAAUCAAGACAACGUUUUAUCAGGUGAUUUAUUUCGACUUUAUUUCAUGCAAAGCCUUCUUCAAAUCCUUAAUCGCCUUACAAAAUUUUGUCAAGUCAGAUCUUGCAUGGAUUUCCCAGAACGAUUCCUUUUUUAUUUAAUUUUAUAAUUUAAUUAAUACUUUGCCGGCUGGAAAUGGAUUUGAUGUAUUGUUCUAACUGCAGAUACUUAAUAAUACCUGUUUAGGUUUAUGUUGUUUUCGUCAAUCCUUUGAUAUUCCAGGUAUUUUCCAUUGAUUAUUACGGUGUCCAUUGUAUUUUACGAUAUUCAGAUGACUGCGAAGUUCAUCAUAUAUAUAUAUAUAUAUAUAUAUAUAUAUAUAUAUAUAUAUAUAUAUAUAUAUAUAUAUAUAUAUAUAUAUAUAUAUAUAUAUAUAUAUAUAUAUAUAUAUAUAUAUUGAUCAUCAUUAGUUGAUUAAUACUGAUCACUUAUUGAUUGAUUGCUGUUUUAGUGGGUGUAUGGAUUGAGUGUUGCAGUACUUAUUAUAUCAACUGUUCACUCGGCCAGGUAUCAUCGCUUUAUAUAUAUUUCAUUUCUUGAUCUAUACUGUACACCAAACUUGGUUUUGAUGCAUACUUCAUACUUUCUCAUAUUUGUAAAAAGUAAUAAUAAGAAUGAAAAGAAAGAAGUUCAUUUUUCUUCCAGGAAACAUAACGUUUCACAAGGAUUGUCUUUCUCAGCGUUUGUUUGGUAAGAUAUUAUGAAAACAACCGUUUUAAUGUUUACGCCUCAUAGUGUUAUUAGUGUAUAAUUUCGUUUCAAUUAUUUCACAUCUUUCGUAUUUAUCUUUCGUAUAGUUAUGGAAUUGGUUUUAUAUUAUGGAAUAUUGAUAACGCUUUUUGUACUCACGUGAGGUUAGAAUGAAAUUCUUUACAUUUUUGUAGUGAUAGACCAGUAUUUCUAUAUGGUCCAGUAUUUGUAUUCACUGUAUUUGUGCAAAAUUCAGCAUGCUUUGCCCUACCACUGAAGAAAGUGAAUUUCCUCAUAUAGACAGGCUACCCUCGUCAACUUAUUUCUGUUGAUUUCCACGAGGGACGUGUGAAGAAGAAGUAUACAGCAAAUAUGAAAAUUAUUUAAAAGCUAUUUACAAAAUGUAAGACUAUAUAUAGCUGUAUAAAAAUAUCAUAUUAAGUAUUAAGAUAUACGAUAUAGUAAUGAGGUAAUAAUCUAUUUACAGAUGCAUAUAUUUGCUUUAACUAUCAAUGUGAGCAGCGAUUUUCGUCCGAAAGGACUUUCAUUACCGUACAUUCACUAUUUUAAUAUAACCUGGAUUUGAUCCAAAAACAUGCUCCAGAGUGCAAGUUAGUGCUGCUUUCUUCAUAUAUCAUUUCGUUUCCAGAUAUUUCCGUGGCUUAAUACCUUGGCCUUUUAAUGCACUGGGUCAGCUUCAUGGUUGGUGGCAUUGUUUUGCCGCUUUUGGUGGUUAUUUUCAAAUCUUAUACACGUACGUUUAGCCAGAGGUUUUUUGUAGCUACAUGUACUGCGCAUCAAACAAUACCUGCCAUACUAGUUAUCUGCGAUUAUAAACAUUUGCAAAAUUACUAAAAUGUACCAAUAUUAUUUCUUGCUACGAGUAUGGUCAUUUUUUGAUAUUGGACAAUAAAAAGUUGCCAAAAGUUGUAAAUGAUUGACGUACUUGUGCAAAAACGUGAAAGAGAACCGUGGAGAAAGAUUUGACAAUUAACAAAGAGACGAUGGGUCAAAAUGUCACGAUUAGAGUUAUAGCUCAAGGUUAGACAAUGAAGGGAAAGACAAAGAUUAAGAGCAUUAUACGCACAAAUCCUCCACUUCAUUCUUCAAUUUCUUUGAAUUUUAUCAUGCUAAGCUGAUGUCCCUUUUUCAAAACAAUGUCCCUGUCCAAAUUUCAAAACAAAAUGAUCAGAAGUCGAUGUUACGCAAUAGGUGCAUGUAUAAUGAUGGUACGCUCAGGUAAUUCUGCAAAUGGUCAAUUAUUAUGUUGUGUUUACGAGUUUGGUAUAUUUUCAUUCUCUAGCAUUGCUUAAUGUGCCCAGUCAAUGAAAAUAAAUGUGUUCUUGAAUUUUAGGAUUGACUUAAGGGUGAAGUGUAUGAAAAAUAAGCGGAAAUCCGAACAGGUACUGUCUGAUCAGAGUCACGUGAGCGACAAUGAAGGCUAAUCAUGCAAGCUAUAGCAUAAUAAACCUUUAUUCAAAGCUUUCUUUACGCAGACUUCAAGUCAAGGCCUGGAGUCAAGACAGAAAUAUUAUUUCUAUGACUCAAGGCCUGGUCCUAGUUAGGUUUUUGCUUCACUCAUUGGCUGACUUAAUCGGCCAAUCAACGUAUUACUAAAUCAAAUUAGACGAAAAAAAUUAGGCUCAGGCCUGCAGUCUAAACUCGGCAACAUUCAGUGCCUCACACAACGACUAACGCAUUCGUGAUAACAAAACUGUGUUCACCGCGUAUUUCUGAACAUCUCUGGAAUAUGUCCAUUUCUGUAUAUAAUUUUGCUCUCUGUCAUGUGUCUUGUAUUUUGUAAUUCUGUUGUUAUUAUAGAAUGGGUCACAUCAAAAUGGAGGAACCGACAUACGACCUCUUGGGAAGAAAAAUAUUUCAUCUCGUAUGUUUCGAGUAAGUAUAUUACUAAAUAGGUUUUGUUUGUGGAAACACCACGUAAAUUUAUUACUGCAAAGCUUUCGAUCCGUAAGCCCGGAUCUUCAUCAGUGCUAAUAAUAUGUAUAACAUAUUAUUAGCACUGAUGAAGAUCCGGGCUUACGGAUCGAAAGCUUUGCAGUAAUAAAUUUACGUGGUGUUUCCACAAACAAAACCUAUUAUAUUUUAUCACCAUGCAAACAUACAAAGAACUUAAGUAUAUUACUCUUUGCUCAGAUUAUCCUCAUGCUAGCAGAAAUAGCAGAUCCCUAGAAACUGCCAAAUUUGCAAAAAAAUGCGCCGUAUUUUCAUACUUGAACUUGAAAACUUAGAAACUACAGUACGGUAUGAAUAGUCAAACUUGUAGCGACUCUGUUGCAAAGCUGUAACAUCUUUCGAUCAAGCUGGGAACGAGCGGUGUGAACUUUGAUGUGAACACAAUCAGGUUUUGGCGAAUCAACCUUGCAACACGUCUGCUGCAACCGUGAAUGACAACUUACAAAUGUUUGACCUUUGUUUUUAUGUUUUAGGAUCUUUGGUGCUGGAUUCCUGUUCGUUCUCGCAGAAAGUAUGAUCCUGAAUAUGGUGUAAAUAAUAACACAAUAAUCAGUAACGGCAGCAGCAAACACAUGAGAACGUAGUACCUACAAUCAUGGAAUAAUUAAUCGGGACAAUCACAAGUGUCAUCCAAACAGCAUCGUAAUAUCUAUCAAUAUAAAACUAUUAUCGCAGGUUGCACAGUCAUACCUAAACGUUACCACCCCCCUCCCCUCCCCUCCUCACUUCUUACAAUGUUGCUUCCCUGGGCCGGGUAUUUCUCAUCGGAAAAUGUUGUGAAAUAUUCGUGAAUAUCGUAUACUGUUGAACCAACAUUGUAUGUGAGAGAGAAAGUAAUAAAUGUUUUCAACUUGUCCCAAAGUGAUUGUUCCGUGAUUGUAGAUUAUUGAUGUCGUCUUAACGGUAUCAAUCUCGUUCUCGGCUUUUCUCGGCAGAACGGGCAUGAUACAGUAAAUAUGCAGAUGAUUAGAGACACGGUUCUCCCCAGGCUCCUUCUGGGAAUGUUGCGUUAGAUCGUUUUCUUUUCGUUAGUUGUUCGUUCUUUGGUUUGUUGAGUUCUUAGUUUCUGACGAUAAGGUACUGUAGACUGAAAACUGAGUUAGGUUAAAAGUUUUCUUAUGCAAGCUCCUGUAAUUCUGUAUGCCGUCUUUACUACAUGUGCAACCAGUCCUAAAGCCACAUAACGGAUUUUCGCCAUGUUGGAUGAAAUUAGAAUGCUAAUUAAUUCAAAUUGAUAAACAACCGACUCUAUGGAAACGUUUUUAGGUAAACUACACAAAUGUCAUAGUUUGUCCGCAAGAUGUAUUCGCACUGCUUGUUCCCAUGCAGUUGUUGACAAGUUUGGAAGAAAUUAUUAUGAUCUUGUAACAUGAGGCCAACAGACUCGCAACAAAUUGUUCCAACAAGUCUGAUAUCGUCUGCACGUAACGAGUUGUUAACAAGUUGAUGACAACUUAUUUGGAACAACCUGUAUAGCAAGGCUGUUACCAUCAUCAACCUUGUAACAAGGUGAUACCAACUUGUUUUCAGACUUGUCAUAACAACUGGGAACAAGCAGUGCGAACACAUUCUGAUCACAGUUUGACAACAACCUUGUUACAACUUGUUUGCAGAUCUGUAAUAAAGGCCCUGUCACACUAUUGUGUAUCGUACUAGCGCAUGCCAGCGCGUAUGAAAAAUAUCACUCAUACGCUGGAAAACGCUGACAAUCGCUUGGGGUACGUUAGGCAUAUAGGUUGUAUACGUUUCAAGCACGGUCGCGUACGGUGACAUACGCUGGCACGGCGAGGCAGAAACUUUUUUUAAGCAUGCUUAAAAAUUUUGUGCGUAUUCGGACGUAUGGUUUAUAAGAUAAGCAUACUCUAGGCAUACGCUAGAAGUACGCCAUGCAGAUGUACGGUACUCCUACGCAAGCAUAUCAAAGGACUUUUGUGCGUAUGAAAAUUAUUUCAUUAAUUUUCAUACACUUUUCAUACGUUUCUCUCAUACGCAGUAGUGCGACAGGGCCUUAACUUGCGAGUUUUUACGUGCAUGUGUAUAUCUAUUAAGAAAUCAUAAAUAGAUCUUGUCGGAUUUUUCAGGGGCUUUUUUCAGUUUGUAUUUUUAAAGGAAAAGAAGGUGUUAUUUGCGUGUGAUUUCAAAAUAUACUAUUUUUGUACAAAUAAAGUUGGAGGAAAUAGUUUUCCAAGACAGUAUAGGAUUGUAUGCUACAGUUCAUAGAGUCAUGCAAUUAUCUAUUAUACAUGCAUCAGUAUAUUUAUAUUUUCAGUAUAUAAGUAUGUCCAAGUUGUAUUGACAAAGCUAUGUAACAUGUAUGUGUAUAUUUAAUAUUUAUGAUAAAGAAUACUUUUUAAAACAAUAUUUAUCGCACAAACUCUACAUGGAUCUUUGUAGCCAGAUUUAUAAUUGUACAUUUUCACAUAAAC